AUGAAUCUGGGAAAUCUAAAACCAAAGAUAGAUUUCAGAAAAUACAGAAAUGGCAACAAAACAUACUUCAUCGAGGAGGAAUGCAGACGCAUCGACAAGACGAAACUUUGUAACAUCAACGACCUGAUAGACUUCACUGGAGACGCUUGCUAUUCGAAUUUACUCAAAGGAUUUUCUGCAAACUGUACCUUUACAGAUCAUUUUCAACCUAAAGCGGUUAAAAGAAUUACUGAUAACCAUAUAGUAAUCACAGACAUUCGAAAUUUGGAGGUCGAUUCAAACUGCGGAUUGACAAAGCGGAACUUAUCUGGAACAUACCUAAUUGAAUUCCACAAUUGUUCAGUGAUAAUAAAUGGCACCCAGUACAACAAUAUCGAAGCCUACAACACCGAACUAACAUACGUCAUGCCUUUAGAUGGUUUACACAUCAACGAACAGACCCUAGAGAUCCUGGAUGAUAUUGAUGAAAUCCACAUCAGAAACAGGCAUCAAACAUUAACCAAACAGCAUACAAUUUAGACAUACACAUCUUUAAGUAUGUCGACAAUUUGUUUCCUAUUAAGUAUCUUUACAGGCCUCCUUUGGAUUUUCAAGAGAAGAAAGCAAAUAAAUCUUCACCAAGGAACAUUCAUGGAGUCUGAUACCAAAUCAAAGCCGUGUGAAACCAAAGUCAGUCCAACGAAUGGGGACCACAGCAACAAACUACGAGCAUCAGCAGUUCUCCACCCGGCAACAAUACCAAGUAGGACGGAUGCGAGCGUGACCAUUCCUACAUCAGCAGCUUGUGGCCAAUGCACUUGCAACACUACGACCACAUUCCAUUUUAAUUCUAGAUCAGCAGUUAUUAGGCAGGGCGAUAGUCCGGGUGACAGAAACCCAAACUUAUAUGAGUUACCGGAACCAAUUCAUCCUAUCCCCGACCUAUCAGCCGUCAUAGACAGUAUCAUGAACGCCCAGCAACAGCAAAUAUCAUCAACAUUAACAACAAAGCCAAGUGAGCAGAACCACAGUUAUCAGAAUUCCAUAACCGAUUGUCCACCUGACUCCAAGUAG